AUGGCGUUUGAAAUGUUCAAAACAGGGCCCGAGUACUCGAGCGAGUUCAAGUUGUUCAAGGGGCUCGUCGACGACGAAGUCACCGUCGAUGAUGCCGUACAAUGGGUCAUCGGCGCCACCAUGGACCGUCUGGAAGGAUAUGGUCCGGGAGGGACGAUCGACAAAGCCGAUGCAGUUACAUUCAUGGCCAUUUUGGAACUGGUCAUGAGGAUCGACCAGGCUCAAUAUGGUCCGUUGGUUGCUUUCUUGAAGGAGUUGAAGAUGUACAACGCCGUCGAUUCAACCACGGGCCUGGUUCUCAAGGCACGGAACGGCAGCUGGGUGUGGUCACACCUUCCUUCACUGACAACCUGCGCCCGGAAGAUCCUGGCUGAAUUUGAACGGGAUGAUGACUAUCUAUGCGAUCCGAACGUGGACCCCGAACAACAAAUCAGAUGGGCGAAGAUGAACAUCUUUCUCGCAAAAUCAACACAAGCGGCCGAUGUUAAAUAUACCUCCUCGUCGCAGGUCUUCAUCAGCGAUGGCAUGGAUGAGUCACAUAUCGGACUAUGUGGACUGAGACAAAUAUUCGAAGAGGGUAUCCCAACCGAGCAACUUACGUCUGGAGUCGGCUUGCUCGGCGUGUGCUACUGGUUCAUCUGUGCCGGUGACCGACUCUGGGAGAAUGUCCUCAAUGGCCGCCAGUACAACAAGUACGAUGGCCGGCCAGGCGACAUGUUUUGGGAUCGGAAUUGGCGGGGCUUUGAGCGCGAGAGAUGGGAUGUCUGGCAGAAAGGCCUGCGUGAUGCGCAGGAUGCCUGCCUUCCGGGCCAAGAGGAUGUCAAGGACUUAAUAAGUCGCGCUUUGUCUAAAAUGGAGAGUCUAACAAACGACUCGUCGUGUCAAUGA